AUGGAUGUUAAAAUGAACGAAAUUAAGCAGAAAGAAAAUGAACCAACCAUUAUUCUAAAUGUCGGGGGUGUUAAAUAUGAGACUUUACGAUCCACAUUGACUGCCUACCCGGAUACAUUACUCGGCACGAUGUUCGCCGAAAGAAAUGAACAUCUCCUAAAGCCGAAAAACGGGAACGAGUAUUUUUUUGAUCGUAACGGCCGUGUAUUCCACUACAUUAUGGAAUACUAUCGUACAGGGAUAAUGAACUGGUCAUAUUCAAAAGAAAAAAAAAGUGACAACGACGACGUUACUCAACAAGAACUCGACACUGAGCUUGACUAUUUCCAAAUAAAAGUAGAAGCUCGACGAGCCGAAAAUAUUACACCGCAACUUGGCAAAUUUCUUAAUUUGUUUGCCUCUUAUCUCGUGGAAAAUUUAAGCAAACAAAUGGAAAUUAUGGAGCCUGAGAUUUGGUUUAAAGUUUCACCGGAUACGGGGCCGAAAUUUUGGACAAAAAAUUCAGGGUGGAUUGCAUCGCCAUUUACUUCAAAUAAACCUUUAGCAUUUUAUUUAAUGAAGAACUUUAAGGAUGAGAUUUAUCAGCAUUUAAAGUUAGUCUUUAAAGGGACAAGAAUAGAAACGAAAUCUCAGACUAAUGAUGUGGUAGAAUUCGUAUUUGCUCCAUAUUAUAAUCUUCCCGCAAUUUUAAAUUUAGCAAAUUUAAAAGUCUGA